AGGACGCGACCAGCGGCCCGGUGUACAGCAGCUUGCGUGGUGCCAUCGGGAACUCCUCUCGGAAGGCGCUUCUCGGGGCAGGUUCUGCUCCUUGCGGCGCUUCCAGCAGGGUCGGCAAGAACAGCCACGGGACCAACCUGAGGCAGGCGGCCUGGUCCAACGUCGCGGAGGAUUGCUGCAAUCAGUGCAACGGGGACUCCGAUUGCCACGCGUGGACUUGGAUCGAUGGGAGCCACGAGUGUUGGCUGAAGGCUUCGGUCCCCGACGAGAGCCAGUGGACCUCCGAGGACGGCGUGACCAGUGGCCUGAGCAGUGAAGACACAGCGCCACACUUCUUGGGUGCUGCAGCGUCUUCUGGCUCCUGGACGUUCUACGACAAUGAGUACAUCACCGCAGACUGCAAGAUCCCGACAGAUGGCAGUACCAGCGAUUUUAAAGGAUUCAGUGGCAAAGUCUCGGAGGCGAAGCGCAUGUGUGAGGCUAUGUCGGAUUGCGUGGGCUUGACUGGAGGUAGGGAUGCAGGUGAACGUGUAGACGAUGAGUACACCAUGUUCGUUUACUUCAUGAGCUGCAACGAUGUUCGUACCAACAACGAAGGUUGGAUUAGUCAUGGGCUCUGAAUGAAGGUCGUGAAGGUGGCGAGGCUUGGGACAUUGGCGACCAACAUUGUGACCUGGGUGAUUCGAGGAGGACUCGGCGCCGUAAUUUUCGGAAGCCGGCGUGACCGUUGUCCCGCUUAGAUAUUACCCACCAGGGCCUGCGCAGAAUGGCAGACCUUGGACCCGCUGCUCCACGCCAAAAGCGCGUGGAGGCCGUGCAGACAUUGAAGAUGAAAUUGUCCUUUCGCAUGGUCGGUAAACAAAUCAUGCGCGCCUCUGCGCGUGCAUAGCCGUGCGGGGUGAAUGCGAGAUCGGCAUCUCAUGGUUAGUCUCA